ACCAGAAGCGUACAGCCGUUUCGCGCACAAGCAUUACACCCGCGACCGCGACACUCCGCGCCGCCCGAACACGACGUUAUUGAAACUGUACGCGCGUGAACCAUCCCUGGGGUUAUACGCUGCAGACUCGACCUCUUCAAGAGCACACCCGUACGAUACACAAGAUGGCCACGAUGAGAGUCGUGGGAAUUUGCGCGGUUUUCGCCGCGGCGACCUGGGCCUCGGCCCAAUGCGCGCGGAUCGACGUCGUCUACGAACUCGCCGACCUGGCGUUCACCCGGCUGGUGGCGCACAACUGCUACGAGGCGUACGACCCGGAAAAGUGCAACGAGCUGUCGGACACGUCGGCCAAGGACGUGCGCCUGUACUUCGGCGGGCUGCUGGCAAACAACGACACCGUGGUGGCCGUGCUGCCGGACAACGACGCGCUGAUGGUCGGCAAGCCUCACGACGCGUUCCUGGUGCUCGACCCGUUCCCCUGGUACAAGUUCGGCCAUCCCACGUUCAUGUUCUACGUGGACGUCGGCGUGCCCGUGUGGAAAUGCGAAGACACCGAGGGCAUCUAUUCAGGUUUGUAUACAUGCCUACAUUAAUAUUGGAGUCGAGACCGCCCGAGGCGAUUUCUGAGGGUGAGGGGGUGGUGGGUGGUAUAUCGCGAAACGCUUCUAGACAAGUGCGUUUACAAACACACUGGUUUUGGAUUCGGGACGCAACGAUAAUAAGGGAUCUGUAUCGGGUUUUAUUUUAAUUUUUUCUAUCAGAAAUCUCGUUCAGACGUACAGAGCGCGGCUGAGAGGAAAUUUUGUUUAGGUUUCGAAUAAGAAAAUUCGCUGUAUGUGAUUUUUCGUAUUUUAUAGUUUUCCGAAUAAUUACGAAAAACUCGGGUAAACUUGUAAUCUGAUUAUGAUUUCAUUGAUUUUUUUUUAACUCGACAUAAACUAGUUUUAAAAAAAAAAAUCGAUCAAACCGACCAGCUUUGACCGAGGCAGUAUUACGGAAAUCGAGUUUUUUUUUCUUUCGUAUCGCGAGCCGACAAACACCACGACAGGUCUGAAGCGCCGCCCGUACCUAUACGUUUUGCGUUUUUUUUUUUUUUUUACUGGUUAAAAAACACACGUGUAACGUUGGACGUGAAGAACGAGAGGCGCGAUAAUUAUGAUACGAAACCGGGCGUUAAAAUCAUUGGAAGCGAGUGAGACCGCCGCCGCCGACGAUUACGUUUUGUUACGAAUUUAUAAUAUUUAUAGCGUUAUAUUUUCACGAAGCAAACUGCAAACGUCAACAAUCCGGUCGAAAGUCGAUUAAAUAUUUCUUUAAAAAGCCGUUAUGUAUUCACUAUUUUCGUGAAAAUUUGAUCAUGCAUACGAAAUAUUACAAUCGUAUUUUAUCUUAAGCACGGCUUACUAACUUACUGUAUUGUAAACGUCGGGUAAAAUGUUCACACAUUUCUACCCGAUCAAAAAAAUGUUUAUUCGUAUAAAAACUAAACCACUCAAAACGGUCGAAUGUCUUAAAUAAAUGACUCAACGAUCGCCAAAAUGAUUCGAACAUUUUCCCGUGUCUAUAGAAAAGGCAAUUAAAAGAAUUCCAAUUCCUACGGGUUUUUUUUUUUUUGAAAAUCGAAUUACAAUAAAAUAACAAAAUCGAAAAGAUUCAAAUUCAAUUUUCCCUUGUUUCUAUACGUUUUUCUUCUCAAUUGUUAAGUAAAUUACUCGAAAAUACGAGAAACUAAUCUCCAAACGUACCGUUUAGGUAAAAGGUUUUCAUUGUAGAAACGAUGCUUCACUAUAGGAAAUCCGAGCGAGAUUUUCGGUAUAAAAGUAAGUUGUUUAUGGGCAGCGAAAAAAAAAACACAAAUCACAGUAAAACCGAUAAAUUUCUCGUUGCGGAUCUAAAAUAACACCUACGAAAAUAAAUGAAUAACGGCAAACGUAUUUAUCAUUGCGUUUUUAAAAAUGUUGAUCAUAAAUCAACGAAAACCCACAAUAAUUUUUCCGGGAGAUAAUAAUAAUAUCCAUUAUUCAUGAUAAUUUAUUAUAUUAUUAUUCCCAAACUCCGUUUAAUAGUAAUUAAUAAUAAUGUCAUUGAUCGAAUAUCAAUCCAUUUAAUCUGCGUAGGUUAAUGCGUAGGUACAUUCGCAAUUUCUUAAUCAAAAUUACAAUUAAUAUUAUUUUAUUUUAUUUAUCGUUAAUUACAGUAAAAUUAUUUCGCAAAGUCAAUAAAAACGGUUUUUAAUUAUUAAAAAAAAGAGCCUAGUUUUUUUUUUUAUGUGCAAUUUUCUAAACAAUCUUGGGUUUUUCUCGGGUGUGGUAUUCAAAUUCAACAAUAUAUUUUACGGCCACUAACGGAGGGUACAUGAAAAGUGUUGCGAAGCAAUAGAGUGUGUCGGGGUGAGCUGCUGAUCCAUUUGCUGUCGUCGGAUGGCUUGAACGAGUCACCAUUAUUGAACACGAAAAAACUAGAAAAACAAAUUUUUUUUUUUUUCAACAAUUUCAGCCGAACUUAUAGUUCGGCUUUAAAAGUUAUUUGUAUUCAUAAUAGAGUCACAGAGACCCGUAAUAAUUUUUUACACAAACUUGAAAAUAAAACAUAAUUUUUUUUUUAUUUUCGUCAUAUAAUACUACACAAUAUAUUAGAUAAUAAAUAAAGCAAAAUAAGUCAUAUCGAAACAGGUAAAAUAGUUUUCGAGAUUUGCACUAGGUAAAAACAUAAAAACAGGUAGAGAUAUGAAAUUCAAAACGGUUUUGUAAAUGUAUAAAAAUCCGUAAUCUUUUGUCGGGUAUUGAUUUUUCCGUAUUGUAUAACUCACGCGUAUACAACACACGAAUAUAAUACCAACGAUAAUAACGUUUGCUCGACAUUUAUGAAAAACUACUAUGAAUGAAAUUAUUGUAUAAUACCUGUACAACACACAGGGAUAGGCAUGGAUGAAAGGUGGCCGCCGGCAUACAUGUUGUGAAUACGUUUUAGAUCGUAGCGAAUUCGGGCCAUACAAGUAAUAAAACCGUUAAUAUUUGAUAUGAACCAACGUGAUACGAAUCACCCCGUAUACAAUAGAUACGGGACGAAAAAAAAAAAAAAAAAUCGCGUUUCGAGGCACCGUUUUCGGAACACGCAGAGGUCCGUAAUCCGGAUUCUCGGAUCGUUCCGGAUUCACGUCGCGUCGCUACAGCGCACAUACAUAGCUGCGGGUGCCGGACGAAAAUAAUAAUUUUUCAAACGCGGCGCGUAUAUUGUAAUCAUUAUUUCCCCGCCGCCGUCUCCGUCAUAAAUAACCGUGUAAAACGUAUGCGCGGGCGUUAAACAUCAUCGUCGACGUAAUAAAAUAUCGCAGCGUUAUACGAUUAUUAUUAUAUUGUACAUUUUUAUUUGUGUCGGCGGCGUCCGGCGAUCGGCAAAGUUCCACAAAGAGCCCGAGCGGUCGUCGGGCCGGGGGGUUUUAGCCACGAGCCAACUGGUUUUGAUGUGUGCCGCCGCCGCCCAGGGUCUCGCGCCUUUGUGAUAGUCAACGCCGCCGCCGCCGCCGCCGAUCGGUCUUAAAAUAUAAUAAUAAUAAUAACGAUAAUGAUAAUAAUAAUGUAUUAUACGCGGCUCUGGUUUUUUACUGCUCGCCGACGUCGACGACGACAUAAUGACAAUGUAAUAGUAUUAUCGCGUACGGUGUCGUUACGGUCGGACAACCGCGCCGGCGCGGCGACGGCUCCCCCGGCCGUUUGAAGCAUCCGUCGGCCGCGGCCGACGCGUGAAAAACGGUACGCGCCGGUCUCGUCGUCGGCUUUUCGUCCGGCCGGACCGACCUCGCGCCGUCGGCUCCCGCGCGCGCGCGCUCGCGGCCGCGAGUCGUCAAUUACGCGAAUCGAAAACGCCGCGGUCGCAUAUUCAAUCGACACUGACGAAUGUUCCGACCGAAAAGCAUGGCCGGGAUUGCGGGGCCGAGAGAAGACCGAAUGAGCUAAAUGGAUUCGCAUGAACAAGCGAAACGUAAAAAAACAAAUAAAGGCCAUCGACAAAAACACGCGUCGCGCGGCCCCCUUUAACUCGCGGUCCGGGGCUACGAGACCCCGCCCCUAAGUCCCGCCCCAACCAUACCCCCUCGAUCCAGCCCUGCCAAAAGCCGCAGACAAAUCCGCGGGACUCGGGAUAUUGACGGAUUUACAUUUUGAACACGGAUUUAAAUUAAUGGUCCGCCGCGUUAGCCGCUAUAAAUGGGAGAACGGCCGAACAGAUUUUCUAUGUUCGGAUCGAAUAUUGACAGUUUAAGAAAACGAGAAUUUAUGUAUUCUGUGUGUUUGCAUUAUACGCCAUCAAUUGUUGUGAUAAUGAAAACCGCUCCGGUCGUGCCGAUAGCUGUUGCGAUUUGUUUUCUCGAAAUUAAAUUCCGUCAAACCCGAGUCCCGCCGUUUUAGUCUGACCAACUGACAAUACGUGGCAAAAUCACGUCGCUUUGAACGUGAAUUGUGGCGUUUUUCAAUUUUUUUUUUUUUUUUUUGUUGAUAAAAACUAUUUACACUUGGGCGUUCACAUUUCGUAGACUUAACACUGUCGUUCGCGGCCGAGCAUUAAAAUGCCUGACCAAAACAAGAUACAUCUUCUAUACAACUUAAGUUGUUUGAAUUACGUAAAUCGGACAUUUUUAAGCACGUAAUAUUUAAAUCCAUUACAUCCAUCGUUUAUUGCAUGUAUAUUGUAUACUAUUAAGUUUACGAAAUGUAUUAAUGUAAGACGCACUAUAGGUAGGUACUAUAUUAUAAUAUACAAUACCUACUUACACUACAUACAUAUAUGAACUAAAUGAAGUAUACAAAAAUAUAUUGUAUAUAAGCGCAGAAAAAAAAAAAAUGCCAAUUUGACUGACCUUAUAAUACUUGAGAAAUAUUCCAUUCACAGGAAAGUUUAAAGUGCAGACGUCUGCUCUCCCACCGCCCAGGGACCGAUCGGGCCGCCGGGAAUUUUCCCGGUUGGCCGCUUUCUCUAGUGUACCUACCUUUUUCUUUUUUUUCUAAAUAAACAGAUCAGAUUUUAAUAAUAAGUACGUUAAAACUAUUAACGCUUAAGGGCGUCGGAACCGGUGCGUUUUUAGUACAAAAACAUAUCUUACUCCAGAAAAAACUAUACUCUCCCACUGUCUAAACUAAGAAGUGGAAUAUCCGGUCGACGGGUCGACGGACAUUAAAAAUGUCAACACCGACAUUUGUUUGAAUUAAUACCCCGUCUGUUUGUGAUGUAUCAAUUAUAGGCUGUCGUUUGAAUUUCAAAAGUUGACCUCCAAAUCUUCCUAUCAAAAGUGCGCCUAAAAAUUUUCAUUCCGACAUUUAAUUUUAGAUUACACUAUUUAAUAAAAACAUUUAAUUACACUACGUUAUUAUCGGUUUCGUAUAUUUAUAUAGGAGAAAAUUGCCGUAAUUCUAAGCAAUUCUGAUUACACUGCAUAUGUAUUUUUCGAAAAACAAUUUUUCCCUGAUAAAGGGCCGGCAUACAUACUGAUUUCCCGGGCUAAAUUUGUAUCCCGAUCCGUGCCUGCCGCCAACUCUUCCCCGUCCGUAUAGUUUCGUCUUAAAUUACUAACAAUCCCAAUUGCCGUCUACGUCAUACCGAAUCCGUUGAACGUAUUAAAUAUUAUAUGGAACGGCAGGUAGACAAUGUAUUUUAAAUAUUAAAAUAAUUUUGAACAAAAAAACACCCAACGCAUUACCCGGCAUGUCUUUGGUAUCUUUCUUUCCUAUAACAGAGAUUUACAUAUUGUAAUGGUAUUAUACCUGUGUACACCAUCGAUGUGACUAUUAAUAUACGCACCUCGUAUAAAAAAUAAAAACUCAUACUUGUCUCCUGCUGCACACUCGCCCGUUAAUUAAAUCGAAAUCCGUUUCGCGUUAAUUUUCAUUAAUGUAUUCAUUUUGUCGGCCUAUACGGCCAUUACCGAAACGAUGGUUUUAUGUGUAGGUUAUUUACAACAUUAUACCGUCCCCGUAAUAAUAAAACCUCCGUUUGUCGGUUACCGGGUAUCUGUACAAUAAUACCAUAAGUAUUUCAUUACGGGUACUUGUAUAAUGUACUUACUUACUAAAUCAUCGAAUGCCCGUACGUGUAAAAAUAUAUAAAUUACAUUAACCUCGUUGGGACAGAUACGUACUUUUAAUCGCCACGCAUAAAACAGCAUAAUCUUUGUUCAACAAAUCGAAUAUAUUAAAAAGGCAAUCACGCAUGAAUCAUUAUAUAAGUAUUUUUCUCGCCACGAACGUGAAAAAUUAACAUUUAUACAUUUUUAGAUUCCGAGUGUAGCUUUCGGUUUUACUAAGAUGUUUGUUUUUUCUCUCUUUUUUUUUUUUGCCUGUGAACACGUUUUUUCCUAGUAAAAUUGCUCGGGUUUUUACGUGUAGCAACUUUUCAGAAAGCUCAAGUUGUUUAGACUGUAUUUUAAUGAGGUUUUUUUUUUUUUUGAAUUUUGACGCUAUUUUUUUAAUAAAAGCACUGAAGUGGGAAAAAACGUAGGAAAACUUACAAUUUCACGAUUUCGUUAUUUUAUAAAGACACGGGCAACGUUUUCUACCAGAAAAAAAUGAUUUAAUCAAAAAAUCACAAGAUACUUUUUUGUUGACUUUUUGAUUAGUUUUCAUAUGGUGUUAUUGCCAAAAUUUUUGAGCCACUUUUGAAUUUUUAAGGGAUUUUAAUUUUUGGAAUAUUUCUGUUGUAACUUGGUUAUAAAUACACGUAGAGACUCGAAACUUGGUAAUAAUUCUUAUACUGGACUUAUCUCAAAUUUUCAAAAUCAUCGGACGGCUUCUUUUUUUUUUAAUAAGCGUUUUGAAAUCAAAUUUAAACGAAAAUCCCAAAAAUUAUGUAUUACCGAACUGCGCUCGGAAUCGUCUUUCGUCAAAUAAUGGUUUAUCGUUGCAGAUAUAAAUGAAACAACCUUGUGUAUCCUACAUUCCCAACUUUUUACCUACAACAAUGGCCGCUCCCAUCGUUAGUAUCAGCUCUUUUUUUUUGAUUUUAAAUACUAUCCAAACAGAGGCUCGGAACUUAAUACUCUUAAAAAGUGUUAAAUACGCAUUUAUAAUAUGCAUUUACAAAUGUCUAAAUAUGCACUUAUAACCUUGAUUUUUUACCCAAACUGUCCAUAAAUAUACGUUCACUAGGGAUUUUUCUUAAUGUAUACCUUUCCAAAAAUAAUUUUGAUUGAGUGUAUACUAAUUUAGCGAAGAGUUAUAUGUUUGCUGACAGUAAAGUUCUACACAGAUCUUGCGAGAACAAACACUUUUUGGAGUAUUAGUUAUUAGCUGUUGAACUUAAGUGUUUUUAUUCUUUUCAUUUUUCCUAAUAACCGCAAUUCGUUUAUGUUUUUCAAUAUUAAUGUGACGAGUCACAACACUUUUUCUGUCACUGUAUACCUUUACCUCACGUAAAUUACAAAAAUGAAUAGUUUUAUCGGUUUUAAAUAUCGUACUCCAACACCAAAACAUUUUAAACGAUUUGUCGCGGAUUGUUUAAUUUUCGGCAUUUUCGGCAAUGAAAUAAAAAUAACAUAAUUGAAACGAAACAAGGACAAUACUAACUCGCGAACAUAUUAGUCAGAAGUGACAUUGUUACAUACGGGUAGGCAUAUUCAGACACGCUGUAAGAUAUUUUCCGUCCUAAAGUGAACAUUUUAUUGCCGUCUCUUUUGACGAUUAUAUUAGUAUCAUUUUGCCGCUUGAAUUUCUUUAAAAUUGUAUGCUUCCCUAAAGUAACACAUGGUUUGCUUGUACACUAGCGACGGGUCUAGGUUUCUCAAUGCAAUCAAUUAUAGCUAGUAAAUUAUUUCCUAAGAAAAGUAUUUUAUAGAAUAUAAUCGUAUUUUGAUAGAAGCUAUUAGAUAACCCGUCUAUCUAUUUAUUAAUGCAUUUUUAAAUAGUGUUAUCAUGAAUUAUAAUAAGAUAUUCUUAAAACUACAGAAUCAAUUAAAUAUGACAUUAAAUAUGUCGAAAAAGGCACUAAAAAUAUUUUUUUUAUAUGUUUUUCGUUGAUUCGAAAUCAAAUACACGUUCCGAAUCCUGCAGAUAAGCUUAUUAUAAUCUAAUCUAAGUUCUAUUUAAUUCCUAAAAUCAGGUACAACAAUUGUUUACGAUAAUAAUAUCUGUAUUAAACAUUAAUCUGUAUAAUCUGUAUCGCCUAUAAGAAAUGCUAUACUGUAAAAUGUUCUUUAUAGGUAGUGUAGGUCUGGUCGCAAAGCUGGGCAAGUAAAACCAUUUUAUUAGCUAGUUUAAGUUGAGUUAUCCUAAAAAAAAAAAAUUAAGCUGAGUAAAAGUGGCAUUUAAGUAUAAACAAAUGUGAGCAAUUAAGUCGUGUUACAAAUUUUCAGAUAAAAUAAUAACGCAGUUAAGUUCAAAAUCAAACGUUACUUGUUUAAAAUAACGUUUUAAUAUGCACUCAUAAAUUUAUUUGUUUUACUUAUUUACUAUGCACAAGACUCGUGUAGAUACGUGUGAAUAGGCCAUCACUCUUCUUAUAUUAUGAUAUUGACAUUCACGUGAAAAUGGAUUAAUUACGUCGGCAAAUAAAUUCAGAAAACAAAGGUACCUACCGGAAAUUUAGUAACUUAAAUUUUAACAAAAAACCCAGUCAAGUAAAAAAUUAUUAAUUAAAAGAAUUAGCUAAGUCAUUUUCUGACAUUUUGUGUUUAUUUUUAACUAGUUGAGUUGAAAAUUGUCAAAAAAAAGAAUUUAUACCUUAACUUUUAAACUUUGCAUUGUUUUUUUUCUAGAUAAGUCUCGUACUACCCGCAGGCGCCGUUUCUGAAGUUAGGCAUAUUAUUGUACGAAUAUAGAAAAAAAAUAGUUUACGAAAAACGUGAAAACAACGAAUAAUUAUUUUAUUUUCGAUUACCUUGACAAUUUCGUUUAAUGUACUCAUACAUAUUCAGCAUGACGAGGAAGUUUUCUAAGUUUGUCAUAAACGUGCGGUUGCAGCUAAAUAUCGAUUUCACGCGCUCUUUUAAGGAAACGAAUAUGGCUCAACGCGAUUUGGCAAUUUUUAUAAAUUACCAUACGUUUAAAAAUAAUAUUUUCUAUAUGCACUUUUGUCGUCAUAUAGUGUUUUAUGGUAAUUGGAUUUCGAGAUAUAAUACACAUCAUAGGCCAAAGCAAAAUUGCUAUUUAUAUUCAUGAAUGACUUUCACGGCUGUAUAGGCGUAAAAAAAUAAAAAACUGAAUGAGUUUUUUGCAAUUUAUAUCACAGAUACAUUUAAGUUUUUUUAUUGCAAACAUCAAGCUUCAUAAUUCCAAUAAUAUUUGAUUACCUAUAUUCAAUCAAGGAUUUCAAUGACGUAACGAAACUUUUUUAUUUUUUUAAUGUAAUAGCUGCACAGCGAGCAAUUUGAUCCGCGCACGUGCAACACAAAUAACUUUUAAUAGAAACAUCUAUUUUGAACAUUAGUCCUAGUUUUUUCAAGCAAAUUUUAUCAACAUAAUUUCUUUUUUAUUAUUUUAAAAAUUAGGUACCUGAGAUACAGUCAUCUAAAGUUGGUUUGAAAAUAUGAUUUUAUGAUUAAAUAAGCUAAAUUAUUAAUAAUUUCAUUUCUCAUAAAACAGUUGUCAAAUUUUUUUAUUUUUUAAGCCAUUAAUUUUUAAUUUCUUGAUCAGUUACGUGAAGAAAAUAGGACUAUUCAGUGUCAAAAAUGUAGGCAUUGCCGUUCAAUAAAAUUAAUUUGUAUUGCAUACGCGAGCACCAAGAGGGUUAAAAAUUAGAUAUUUUUUUCUAAAUUGUGUACUUCAGUAUCCCUUAUUACUUCCUAAAAACGAAAUUCAAAUCCAAAGUCAUCCGGCCGAAAUAUUUAGUGUUGCCUGAAAACGCGAAAACACUGGGUAGAUAAUUCCUGCAACGACACUCGAGUCCUAUUGUGUAGAUAAUUUUUUAGCUGUCGCAUCAGGUAAACGCAACUUAGCAACUGAGUAAAUUUGAUUUCGGUAUUUUUUGUAAACUAUUGGGUACUUAUAUAAAUACAAUAUAAAAUCAUUUCCAAACCGUUAAAACGAUCGUUGAUCAUACAUACAAUAUUGUAGUUUUAUCUGUAUGCCUGCUUUAGAUUUCUACAGUCUGUUUAUAUUCCGAUUUUGAUUGAAAUACGCACACGCAUGAUAUUUCAAUGACAGGAAAAACGCCGUCUACUGAAAUCUCGAUAUUUAACUUCUAUGGGGUGGCUCACACUAGAUUUUUGUAACGCAAUUUCGAGCAAAGUUAAACGUGUUUUGUAAUUUUUAAGGUUUUCGUCGAAAUUUGAACUUUAUAAAAAAAAAAAAUCACUUCGUUAGCUUAACUUUUUUUUAGCCAUUAAGAACAACUUUACUGAACUCCGUGUUAAAUUUUCAAGCAUAUCUGCAUAGUCAAACAAUUUUAACCACAUAAAACCAAAUGAAAACUAAAAAAAAAUUGAAAAUAUUAAAUGCUUAUAAAUGGCUCGAAAAACGCCGGACUGUUUUGAAAAUGUUACCACAUCUAGAAAAAUCCAAUAUAAGUAUAUUCUGUAAAGAUGUCAGGACUUUAUAAUCAUUUUUAACAUUUAAAAUAAUGAAACUUGUUUGUGUCUCAGACGCAUUUUGCAUUUCUACGCUUUCGAAUCUUUAGUUGAGUUUAUGGUAAAGGGAUAUUUUAUACAUUUUUUAUAAAACAGACUAUUUUACUUUGGAUCCGACGAAUUAUUAUUUUUAAUAUCCUAAUUUUUUGUCAAGAUAAGCGCGUGUUUUAAUUUUCUCUCUAUUGAUUUUUCUCUCUAAUUGACUUAAUAAUAUUAUGUGCAAUUAUAACAAAAAAAAAUUCGUUUGUUUUUGAUAUACUCCUAGUUUUUUAAUAUGUAUAUAAUUGAUGUUUUUACCCAAAACUCGACCAGACGGUCGCAAUCGUGAAAAUGCCGAAUGUCAUUAUUACAUUAUAUACGCGUGGUAGACGGAUCUCGAGGCUUCGAAUUUUUUUUUUUUUCUAUCCGGAUUACGUAUCGAUCACAAUUUCGCUCGACGCUAUAAACCGAACUAUUUCGGAUGCGGCGGGCGAUUGACCGCUAUCGUAUAAAAUAUUAACAAUAUUUUUUUAAUUGAAUCGUCAUUUUUCGUACGACAUUACAUUUUUAUUGCAGUUAUUCGUCAUGUACUGCAAUAUAAAUACUCCGUCACGCCAACGCGAUGAGAAAAAUCAAAUUCACAAAUACCUCUUAUGCAUACGCCGUCAUACAUAAAUUUUUUGGCGCCCUAUGCACUCGCAUCGCGCGGACACGUCGUGAUAUUAUAAUAAUAUUAGCACGUAUACCCAAUAAUGUUUGUUAUUGAAAAUAUAAAUUGUUUUUCGGUACGGGUUUUUUUUUUUUUUUUUUUUUGGGUCAUUGUCGCCGCGAAUCUCUCAGCGGUGACAAUUAAUAUUAACAUUUUUAAUGGGAGUCAAUUACGCGGUGUCGCGGCGUCUAGACCGGCUAUUAUAUAGUUAUUAUAAUUUAUGCCCGUAUUAUUAUUUAAUAUUUAUUAUUAUAAAAUUCGCGGUAUCGGACAUUGAAUAAAAAAAAAAAAAAAAAAUCCUUUUACCUACACGAGGCGAUCAACACGAUAUUAUUUGUUUUAACGCUUUCUCCAAAAACCGUCUUGCGCGCGAUAUUUGACAACAUUCGAGAUUCGGACUUUAUGAGUACCCCCUAAGUAAUUACGGUUAGGGUUGUAAAUCCGAAAUAUUUCACACGAAAUACAGGAAAAAUAAUUUUUUACGUUCGAGAUAGUGAUUGUCAAAUACUCAAACGUGUCAUCCAAUCAGUUUAAAUUUUAUGAUAUCGUUUCGGUACAAUGGUUGCGGUCCUCUGGUUUAACGCGUAUGUAACGCUGUACGGUAACAAAAAAACCGGCGUAUUGAUAGUAUUCGUUAACUGAAUUCCGUAGUCAUUGCUCGUCACUUUAUCAGUUGUCAAUAGUUCAAUUAUUCCUAAAAGAAAUAAAACAAGAAAGGAUAUUGUUUUCACUCGAAUGAAAUUUUCAUAAAAUAUUUCAAAAAAAAAAAGAUUUCGUCACAUUUUACAGUCUUGUUUACGGUGUUUUUUUUUCGAAGUUCGUUUUUAAAUAUCGCCGAAAUCGAACGUUAUUUCGUCGUCCUAAUUCCCCCAAUUAUCGUCUGAACUCCGAAUCGAAAAUAUUCUGUAUUAUUGUUUAGAGACCCGAUCAAAACUUUUCCAUCGACGUGAAACUUCCGGCCGUUUUCGUACAAUUUGUACUGAGAGCAACGGAACGUAAUAUUAUUGUCGCGGACGGUUGAAACGCUUGUUUGUUCGGUUUAUUUCCGUCACACGGAAUUUCGUGACCUAUCCUGCAAACCUGCAGCAGUUUCCCGCAACCGAAACAAAGUGCACUUCUCUAUUUAUUACCUUUCGGUUUUCAUUACAACACGACACGUUCAAUCAAACGCGUGUACCGCCGGAAUCCAUACACGGUUUAUAAUUGCGCACGUCGUCGUCGUCGUCUUCGUGAAUUUAUCUCGCGUGUUAAAUGGCGGCGAAGCGCAAAUAAAACGGCGACAGUCGUUUAUCGACGCCGGCAACGUUGACGACGGGGUUAUAAAAAUUUUUUUUUACUAUUAUUAUUGUUAUUUUUUUCGUAAAAAUCGACGAAACAUUUUAAAAGAAAAAAAAAAUGUUUGUAUAAUGAUAACAAUGCCGUUCUAAAACUACCGUAACUGUGUCGACAGCAUACUAACGCGUUACUAUAUUUACAAACUACGAAUUUUUAGAUGCGUUUUCAGCGGCGGAUUCACGGGGGUCGGAACUCCGACGGACGCCGAUAAUAUUAUUACAUAUUAUGCCUGCUUGUAUACAUUCGAAAUAUUAUACCGAAACGAAAACGCCCAGUUGUUAUACGCGCCGAUCGGACAGAAUUUUCGUCCGGGAAAGAUGCCAUGUAUGAAAUUCUAAGUGAGAUUUCUGGUUGAAAAGCGCAAUCGAAAAUUUGCUCAUUUCCGCCGCUGCGGAUGCGUUUAGCGUUUCAUUGCGUUGUUGUUGUCAUUGCAGUGUAAUACUUCUGUUAACGGUCACCUCGAAAUAGCGGACAUUAUUUCCGGUCCCCUCGGUGACCGUUACAUACGGAAGUUUUACCGUACAAAGGAAACCGCGACGUGUCACGUUUUACGCAUUACGACAAAAGAAUUUCGGCAAUUUUCGACUGACCCCGGCCCAUAAAACCGUGUAUCCCCACGUUAACAGUGUGUUGAAACAGUAUUGUAUUUUUCGUUCCUUCGGCAAUUAUAGUAUUUGAAAAAUUCGAGAAAAUCGUCUGCCGCCUAGUACCUAUUAUAUUCAAUCGGUCGCGGCCGCAAUUGCAGUUACAAUUUUACCGCCAACAAUAUUGUGCACUAUUAGUUUGUAUUUGAUAUUUUUUUAAGGACUUGAUUUGCGGGUAAGGGGUUUAGCCGAUUUUCGGGGGAUAAACCCCCAAAGCUUCGCCCUAUUUGCGUCAAUGAACACGAUACGUACCACAUAGUAUUAUACGGGAAAUCAUAAGUGAAUACGUUUAAAAAAAAAAAAAAAAACAGCAUGAUUUUUAUAUUAUAGUUUCACGAGUAUAAGCAGCGUUCCGACACCGGAAAAAUCUUAAAAAUCCGCCACCGGACGGUUUUAACAUAACAAUUUGUAUGACAAGUAUAACUAUGGAAUUGUAAUUAUCGUACCUAUACCAUAUAUUAUAUUGCAUUUGGUAAUUUCAAUGAAAUAAAUACGCAUAGUAAUUAUUUCAUCGGAUAUACCUUAAUAUAAUCGGUCUAUAAGAAAAUAAUAGUUUAUUCUUCCGAGAGAGAAGACUGCCGAAAAACGUAAUUAAAAAAAAAAAAAAAAACAGCAUGAUUUUUAUAUUAUAGUUUCACGAGUAUAAAGACGUAAUUUUCGAUUACAUACGAAUCCGUGUAUACAAUAAACGAACUCGAAGUAUAUAGUCGAGUAAUAAAUAUUACUUAUUACGAGGCAUUAAACAUUGCAUUUAUUAAGAAACGUAGCGCGAGUGAUAUUUUGUAAUAAUUUGUAUUACCCUUUUCAAAAGUAAUUCGCCCCCGAGACUAACGACGAUUUUUGAAUAAUAGUAAAAAUAACAAUACACGGUAUUGUAUGCGUCGUCGCGGGGUAUUGUACGAAAACAAAAAAAACGAGUAAUAUCACGUCGCCGUCGCAUAGUAAAAAAAUUCGCGAUAUUCGCUCGUGAUUUUUAAUUUGUUUUUCUGUACAUUUUAGAUUGUGAACGGAGCGAGGAAUGUAUUUCAGGUUUUACAACGAUGAUUAUUAUUAUAGUUUUUUUUUUCAUCCGUGAACAACUUUUCUAUCAGCGGAUUUGGCUCCGAUUUUCAAUUAUAGCACUUUUUCCGAAAGCAAAUCUGUCUGGGGUGGUACUCUCAGGAAGUCAUUUUUUGAUUUUCCCGGACAUUUUCAUAAUAAAUGGAAAAAAAGGCGUCCUAGGAUAAUGGGGACGGAUGCAGCAACUAUUAUAGGUAAUUUAAUAUAUAUAUAUAUAUCUGUUUUACAACGAUUAAACGAUUCUGAGCGGAGUUCAAUUGAUAGUGAUGCUCUGCCAACAAUAUACACGUCAAUAUUAUGUUAAAAUAAUUAAACAGGCAUUAUAUAUUAUGUUUGAUAAUUUUUGUUUAAUGUACCGCCGAUUUUCCCGUUUUUCCUACGUUUUUCCAUGUUUUUUUCCUGGUUUUUCACAUUUGCUGGGAAAACUCCUGAAAAAAAAUCAAAAAAUGACCUCUCUAAAGUACUUACACACGCCGAUUUUCUUUCAGAAAUGGUGCUACAUAACACCAAAUGAAGCAAGAUCUCUGGUAGAAAAUCUGUCUACAAAAAAAAAAUAAAAAAUAUAAACACCUUUGAAAAACCAUAAGCUUCUUCGCUCCACUCAGAAUCCAAAACGUAGGAAAAACGGAAACAUGUACGAAAUUCAUUGUUUUCCAAUCGUACCUCCUAACAUUGGAAACAUACAUACAACCCAACUCCGUUCAGAAUCGUUUUUCGCCAGCGCGAAGAUUAAUCGUUUCGUACUGGUAUACAACAAGUACAUUCCUCUAAAAUGUAUCAUACCUUCCCAACUCCGCAUCUGUACAAUAGUGGCUCCACCCAUCGUGCGUGUAUUCUUUUCUUUUUUUUUUUUUUUUCUUGCCGAUUUUACGACCCGCGCAUUAUACAGUCCGCGGCGGUCAAAAUAAUUCUCCAAACGAUUUUCACCGUACCCGGCCCGAACGAAUCGUAACCGUACGCCCCCUCGGCGAGGGCGGAGGACCGUUUACGCGUGGGUUGGGUGCGAAAACCUUUUUCUCUCGCCGAGACGGGCCGUAAUAAUAAUAAUAAUAAUAACGAAACAUACGAAGUCGCUGUGUAUUGUAUCGCGUUUCAUCACCGGUCGUAUAUAUUUUCACGCGCAUUAGCGCCGAUAUUGUAUUUUGAAUUUUCAUAUUUUUUUUUUUUUUUUCCAAAACACGUCGGACGGGGGGGGGGGAACACGUAUUUAUUUAUAGACACGGGACCCUUGGGUAGCGGGAGAGGGGAAACGGUGACGACGACGACGACGAUAAUAACAAUAAUAGAAACCAGUUUGGUUACCCUUGAAAUAAUAAUAAUAAUAAUACAAAGGUGGGGCUACACAGGCGCAUUAAAGGUACCCGUAUAAUAAUAAUAAUAAUAAUAAUAAUAUAAUAUAAACGCGCACGGACGAGAGUACUACUCUAAUUGUUUAGUGUAUAAUUUCUUUUGAACCUCGCCGCGCGGUGCCGCGCUCCUUUGAUCCUCGCCGCCGACAGAAGCCGGUCGGCGGCCGCGCGGAUCGGUUGACGACGUCACGGAACUCACCUGCCGUGUCUCCCUGUCGCCCUGUCCCGUCAUACAUAAUAAUAAUAUUAAUAAUAAUAAUAAUAAUAAUAAUAAUGAUAAUAAUGGUAAUAAUAUACCACCUCGCGGUGUGCAACAUCACGUACCUUUAAUAUUUUUUAUUGUAAUAAUUAUUAUAUUGUACUAUUUACUCGUAAUAACAAUAACGCAUACACCGUGCUCGCUUUGUAUAAUUUCUAGUUUCUUGAACGGCGACGGGACGCAAUGAAGGUGCGUGUAUUUUGGACGCGAGCGAAAAAAAAAAUUGUAUACGAUAACACGCGCUUGCACCGGCGUCGGCCUGGCACACCGAAGGCCCCCGGAGCAAUUGUUUUUUUUUUAAAUCCGUAAAAGUUGUUUUUUUUCGUGUCCAAAAAUAUAAUAAACACGUUAUUGCACUGGACAAAAUUGAAUUUGAAAAAAAUUCCGAAUUUCACCCGGGUCUUUCUUCCUCGGGACCGAAGAUUUACUUACCACGGUAGAUAAUAUGCGGGCCGGUAUGAUAUCGUGAAUUCGUAUAAAAAAAUCCAGAAUAUCGGUUUCGGCGAUGUACGCAUAGUUGCUAUAGUUACAGCGACCCGCCCAAACGUGUGCGUAAUAAUGACCAUAGCUUUAUCGUAAAGCUUCGCUAAUUAUCGACAAUUAUUUUUCACUUAUAUCAGUUAUCAGGAUUCCCAUUUUUUCAGAUAACAAAUGUAUAAAAGAACAUUGAACUAUUUAAUUUUCAAUUUUAUUUCCGAAGCGAUUGACUUGUUUAUUUUAUAAAUAGAAAAGAUUGUUAAUGUUUACAAAAUGUAUACUAUGCGAUAUGGCCGUCGUGAGAAAAAAACGCCGUAACAAAAAAAAAAAUAAAAAAACGAGAUCAUGCUGUAUCGCGUACAAUUAUUAAUUACAUUAUAAUUAUUAAUAUUGAUAACUAUGGUUAUUGGUCCAGAAAUGCGUGUUGACGAGAAAACGAUAUUGCCACAAUUGUAAUUGAAUAAUAAUCGGUGCUUGGCAAUAACGCCGUGAUAUCAUAAUUAUACGGGGUACAUUUUUUUUUUUUUUUUUUAUCAUAAUAAACCGCAAAUUUUCUUAAAGAAUUUGUUUCCCGGUUUUUUUUUUUUCUCAUCAUCGUGGAAUCGUUUUAGCUUUGCUUUAUAAAUAAUAACUAUUACCUCCGAACGGUUCAGGCAAUCGAAAGAAAAAAAAAUAAAUAAAAUUGCACACAAACGUGCUUUACUAGGUCCGUGUUAUUCAGUAAUAAUCUUGUUCCGAUAUUGUUUUAAUAAAACACCACGCUCCUAAAAUUAUCUAUACCUAGUAAUAAAUCAUCGUUGCGUACAAUUUUGCGAACGAACGAUCGCCGAGACGUUGCGUCUGGCGCACAAAUAUGUUUUUUAGAAUUCGGUUCGCGUAGGCGCAGAAACUCGAAUACAAACGCGGAGACAGAAUCGGCCUUUAUUAAAAUAUACACAAAGUAUACACUUGUAUAAUAACGUGGCCGGAGAUUUCGCGACGCGAUUUCGUAUUUUUACGGGUUGAACGAAAUUAGUCGACACGGGGCUCGGUUAGGCAAUUCAUUAUGCCUUCGGAUCAUGGGCUUGGACCGUUUAAACGCCCGUAACUUCGCCAAUCCAAUAAUUCGAUACGAUAUCCAUGUUGCAUUGUGUCAUGAUAAAUAAUAGAAGGCGUUUAUUUAUUAUAGAAUGUCUUUACGUUCGUUUUAGACGGCCGUGUGAAACAAAUGGGAAAUUCCGAAUAGGGCGACGCAAUAUCCAUUACAAACCGGUCAUCAUACAUCAAUCGUAUCGAUGGGGAUAAAACGAUUUUUUCAAAAGUGCUCUUACCGCCGAUGAUAUGUGCGCCGCUGGUGGGAAAGUUGGGAAACUAGGAUACACAUAGCUGUUUGAUUUACAUCUGUGUGCGUUUAAAAAAAAAAAAAAAUCAUCGUUAACGAAACACGGUUCUGAACGAGUUCGGUUAAACACGUUUUGAAAUGCCGCGUGCUUUACGACUUUCGUAAAAAAUUGUAAACGUUUGUGAAAAAAAAAAAAAAAAAUCUAAUAAAAUAAUAACAAUAAAAAUGUCAAUGAAUACCAGGAAGAAUAGUUCGACGAACGUGCCAAAAGUCGCUGCCCGGGUUAAAUAAUUUUACGGAUUUUUAUUUUUACAUCACGCGUCUAGACACGGAUUGAUUCAAUUAUCGCGACCAAUUUAUUUCCAUCUAUUGCCACAUUGUUAUUGGUGCGAUUAUUUUUUAUUUAUUUAUUUAUUUUUUUAUUAUUAUUAUUUCGAAAGGUAACACGGACAUGGUAGUCUUCAUAAAAAAAACUCCUCUGCAAACAAAGACUGCAACAAUUACAAACCGUUAACACACUUACACGUACAAUAAUAUUGCACACGUAUAUUAUGAUAACACUAGUAUAUUUUACAUAUUAUUCGAGAAUAUCGUUGGUUAAAUAAUAUGACGUUUUUUUUUUUUAAAUUUUAAAUUAUAUUUUUUUAAAUUUUUUUUCAACAUAAACUGUAAACUGUUAUUUUACCGAUUUUUCGGGGUAAUCGGUGAACUGCAGUACUAAAGUAAUACGAUUAAAAUUUCGCGAUUAUCUCGCUGUAUCGGAUAUCAGGUAGAUCAUUGUUUGUAGACGGGAAAUUGGGAAAAUGUGAUGAUUUAUAAACAUUAGUUUAUCGACUGUCGAUAAAUCUAAUAUAUCGAUCAAAUUUCGUCAUAAAUAUUUUAAAUGCUUUUGUAAAUAAAUUUUAGAUUCUAAGCAGAGCGAGGAAUAUAUUGGUUUUACAGUGAUGUUUUUCUUUUUUUUUUUUUAUCAAAUAUAGUACCUUUUCUGAAAAGGAAUUUUAUCUAGUUUGUCUUAGAGGAGGUCAUUAUUUGAUUUUCCUAGCGGUUUUCAUAAUAAAUGGAAAAAACCGAGAAAUUAAGUUCGAAAAAUGGGAAAAUUUACGAAAUGCAUUAUUUUCAAUUUAGGUUUUUUGUUGCGAUUCAGAUAUACAUUUUCUUUUCUAGACGUAGUAAAAUUUUAAAAACAUUUUAGCCUUUUUAAGCUUUUUAUAGGCAUUUUAAUUUUGCGAGUUUUUUACGUCAUUUUUAUUCAGUUUAGGUACUCUGUGGAUAAAAUCGUUUAACAAAAGAAAUGAUUAACGGGAAGUUCAUUAUACUCGUAAAUCAUACUUCGUGGUCCACAAAACGAAUUGAAUAUAAAGUAGAAUUUUUUUAUAAGAAUUCUAAUAUCAAAUUUUCAUAAUUUAAAAAAUAAGGCAUUUUAAAACAUGUAUAAUCAAACUCCACUCAGAAUAGUUUAAUCGUUGCGUACAUACAUUAAAUUCUCCUCUAUAUCCUACCUUCCGAGCUUUUCACCGACAUCAAUGCGAAGUAUGUUUGACUGUUUUUUUUUUUUUACCACUAAUUAUAUUUAAUACGAAUCACGUGUAAAAUUUUCAAGCACUUCUGAUCGGCCGAAACAAUUUUAUUCACAUUAAACCAAAUUGGUUCAAGUUAAAAAAACAUGAAAUGGCAAAUGCCUAUAAAUAACAUAAAAAUCCAGAAUUUUUGAAAAUCGUGCCGCAUAUAGAAAUUAUCAAUAUAGUAUUAUUUUAAAAUGUCACUUGUCUGCGAUGGUUUCUAACCAAAUUACACUAUAUUAACAAAAUCGAACACAAUUUCCUAUGUUUUUUUCCGGUUUUUCCCAAAAACACGAACAGCCAUAAAAUUACUUUUUUAAUGCACCAACUAGACAACAUUUUGUUUUAUGGAAAGACCAUACAUUUGAAUUUCGUUGCCAGAUUUCCGAAAGAACAUUUGUAUAAAAGCACAAAAUAAAAAAAAAAAACCAUACACCAUAUAGUUAAACCAAUACACGCCUCGUUGGUUUCAAAAUCUAAAACUAAAAUAGAUUCUAAACAUCCCGCUAUAAAAAUUUAAUACAUAACACAAAAAGAGCCAAUGUAUUUUUAAAAUUCGACCACUUGUGUGUAGAACGUGAAUGUAACUACACACGUAGGUAUUCAGUGAAAACGCCGAGUCCCCAGCUACGGUCUAUGCGAGUAUUUCUCGUCAAAUUAAGUUAUCGCUUCUUCGAGGAGUGGAAUAUUUGUCAACCCAUCCACCUCCCUAUGUGAAAGUCCCGUAACUCAGAGCGUAUUUAAAAAAAAAAAAAAAAAAAUAGCCAACGAAAACAUAAAAAUAACGCAAUUCGGAAGUGUUCUUUAUCGGGAACUUUAUUUCGUUCCGCGGACGAAACGUAAUAAACGCAUAGCGCGCUCGUAGACCGCCUACUUCACCACACUCCUCCCUCCGACCCGAAACAAGUCCACCGCCCUCCAGUGCCCCUCCACUACCCCCGUCGAAAACCACUGUAUAAAAAUAUUUAAUAUACGAACACGGUAAAUACCGCCGGCGACGAAUAGUCGACUGUUUUUUUUUUUUUGUUUGCUAUUAUACACAUGUUAAUAUAUUAUACGGGAAAAAGAAAAAAAUCAAUAAAAAAAUCGAUAACACGCCUUUAAUUUCGGUUUUACGGCCGCGUAAUGAAAUAACAAGCGGACACGAUUGUUCCGUGCAUUCGUAUACAACACGAAUAUUGCAACUGUCUUCGGCUGUACAGUUGUAAAUGAAUUAAAUAACAAAACGAUUUAAACGUCGCCCCCGAGGUACAUUUCGACCGAAACUGUUCGAGUGUGAAAUUUCAAUUCAUUUUCUCUCUCUUUCUCGCAACGAUAAUACUUUGUGACCGGACUCGCGGAUUUCUCAUCGAGAUGACCUACGGCAUAGUAGAUUAAACAUAUCUAAAUAUAAUAUUUAGGUACAUAAUUUACGCGUUAACAUAUACGAAUCGAGUUCUUAUUGAAACGCACGACAUUAAUCGAUACCAGUGGUUCCCAACGGGUGGUUCACGGACCUCCGGUGGUCUUCGGGGAUCCCGCGGACGAGCGGACGAAACUCGCGAAGAAGCGCUGUCACACAUCGAUACAAGACCGUAUCGGGAAAACAAUUUCGAGGGGGGAGGGACGAAAGGGGUUAUAAACUAAAAUGUUUGCGGUGUUCUGAUUUUAUUAUAACAUUGUACAAAUAGGUGGUUUAUAACUAAUAGAACACGAACAAAUUUCCCGAGGGAGGGGGUUGAAUCUCCAAAUCGACCCUUCAUGUACGGCCUCGCAUCAGUAUCGCCAUAGCUUAUAACAAUAUAUAUAUACACAUACGAUACGCUCAAUAUUGUGAAAUCGGUUAAUGUCGUUAAUAGUGCCGUUAAUAUAGAGUAUAGAGUAUAUUGCACGAUUAUUAAAUUUAAACGUGAGAAUAUUAUCUGUGUUUGGUUUUCUUCGAUAUUUUAAUUCAUAAGCGAGGCAGGAUGACUUUAAAAUUGUAAUAUAUUUCAUGUAUUCGUAACUUGCUUGAAAAUUAAAAUAUUGAAAAAAACCAACGUACAAACAGAGAUAAUAUUCUUACCUUUAUGUUUAAUAAUUAGCCAACGUACUCUAAUAUUAAAAGUAAAAGCACAAAAUCGGUUUUCAUAAACAAAAAGUUUAAACAUAACGACGUUAACCUAUUUCACAACAUUUACCGUAGCAUAUAUAAUCCACGAAGACUUGAUCACUAGAAUACGGUAUAUUGGUAUCACAUACUGUUAAUUGAGUUUGUUAUUUGCGCAUCGAGAGUAUUCGAGAGACUUGGACGGGAUAAUUUACGAACAAAAGAAAAAAUAAAGGUUUCACUCGUCCCGUAUAAAGUUUGAAAAUCAACGCAAUAACUGAUUUAAGUUACCUUGUAGUCGAUUUGUCGAAUAGUUGUAAUAAAAUGACGUACGCAAAAAUAAGACAUUUAAAAUGUUGUAUUUUUAAGAAAAUUUGCGUAAAUUUUAUUACAAAAAUGUGCGAAUGUUUUUAUUCAUUUACGUGUUCAAACAAAGUUGAAACACACACGCAGAAAGCGAAUAUCCGAAAAAAAUGGGUUUUCCGCCCAAUCAAAGCUUUCAGCUAGGGAUCCGUGGCUUAACGUUUAUUAGGAAUCACUGAUCUAUUGCCAUUUAAUAUUAUGCAGAGGUAAAGUUAUACGUAAGUUUAUUUGUGGGGGGUAAUAUCUCUGGAACUGCUGAUCCGAUUCUGAAAAUACUUUCACUUGUAGAAAGCUACCACUAUUCUCGAAUGACUAUUUAUGCAAUCAAAUUUCAAAAUUAAUACAAGUGGCAUAGGCGUAAAUAGCUCAAAUUUUUUUUUUCAGGGAGAGGUAGCUUAAUUCCGCCUUAAUAUUAAGUAUGUAUACUUCGAAUUUACUUGAUGAGAACAAGAUUUGGAGAGGCUUCUCCCGAGCUCCCCUUAAUUGAAAGUUUUGAAGGACACGAUAUUAUUUUAUGUAUAAGUUCCGAUUAAAUAAUCAAACGUUAGUUUAUGAAAUCUUUAAACAAACAAAAUAAAUCUCGAUUAUUAAUUAUUUUUUACAAAAACUAAAUGAAACUAUAGGCAAUAUCAAUAUUACACAUUAUAAUAAUUUCUGUUUUUUAAUUAUAGCGUUGAGCGAUAACUCGACGGUGUGCAUGCAAAUGGUCCGAAGCAGAUGGUGCAACGAGCGGCCGAUGACUUCAUCGUGGGAUUGUCAGGUGAAGUUCCUACCGCUGGUGGUACCGAACCGCAGUAACCGCGGUCAAGCCGACAACGUGCUGACAUGUAUGGACACCAAAGACGCGUUCCUGAAGACCUGCCCGCGUCUCCGGGACGAUGGUACUGAGUUGUCUGACGAGUGUAACCACCUCAAGACCAACAACAGGGGCUGCGACAGUGGCAACUACAGGUGUUCUGAGCAGAAGCCAGUCAACCAGGUAUAAACGCCGUUACCGCCGCUGACGUCACUAUAAUAUUAUUAUACUCCUAGUCCCAUAUUAAUUACUAGAGUUAGGCGAGUUCUGGACUUAAGAAAAAUCGACAUGACUCGAUUUCAAAAGACCCGCAGUAGGUACUCGCCCAACUCUAUUAUAUUAACUUAUAGGUUAUCGUUACCGUUAAGUAAUUACUAGAUUAUAUAUUGUGAAAAGUAUCGUGGUAACUUAACACGAGUGUAUAUAUUAACCUGCAGGGGUGGUCAAACGGAGGGGAGUAGAGGGGGAUGUAUCCCUUUCCAUUACUUUUUUCCCUUAGGUAUUUAAAAUAAUAUUUAUUCGUUAAUAUAAAUAAUUAUUAAAAAAUCAACCGUAUCCCCCCCCCCUCCUCCCCAUAACGAAAUCAUUGAUUGACCGUGACCGACAUUAACUUAUUACAAUAUGACGGUACCGUGGAUCAUGCAGUUUUACAAUAAAAUAUCUAUAGUUCUAAAUUAACGCGUACAGAUUAGUGGGGGUACCUAUAAAAUAAAAUAAUAUAUUGAAUAAUUUAAAUCGAAAAUAGCAAAAACAUCAAACAGUUUUUUAACUUGUUGUAAAAUAUAAUCGGUACGAAGUAUAGUACACGUAUCAACUGACCACAGCUGUCGGUCCAAUUCGUGUGUGCCCUAUAAUACCUAUUUAACAGAAACAAUCAUAAUAUGCGUGUAAACUUGUUUUUUGUGUAAAGGCCGUAAUGUUAUUCGGCGGUUGGAGCCGGAACAUGGCCGACUUUGUCACGACUUACGACUUGGUGUCAUUGAGGGACAGGCUCGUUUCCUGGGGAUUCGCCGAGAACAACAUCCGAACGUUUUUCGCCAACGGUAUACGCAUGAAUGUGGAUGACGGUGAGCAGAAGAAAAUUUAUAUUAUUUCACAUCGAUUAACCGUGACAAUAUAAUAAUUAUGAUUCUCCUUCGGGCUGCGUGGUUUUUAAUAACAGACGGUACCGAGUACUCGACGUCCACCAUUGACAACGUGGAACCGGCCGACAAGCUGAACAUCCGGAGAUACAUCAAAGGCAUUUGCGGUGCUUCCAAGUGCGCCGACACGUUUUUCCUGUAUCUGUCCAGUCCGGCUAGAAGGGACGGAAGCGCGUUACUGUGGGACGCAAACGGCAACGGAAUUGUAAGUAUUAUUGUGAGGUGAAGCAUUUUUUUUUUUUUUAGUAGGUUUUAUGUGUUCAAAUUAACACACAAAAAAGACCCGAUAAAGUAUGAUUUUGUUUACUUUGUACUUUGUACUUUAAUUGUAUAGAGAAUACGAAGAAUGACAAUUAAGUAAUGAGACUGAUUAAAAAAAACAAAUAUAUUAAUAAAUUUAAGUACAUCAGUAUGAUUCCCUUAUACUCGCCUACACACUGAGCCCAACGCUUUUUCCAUAUUUUGAUAACUCUACUGGCAGCCCGUGAAGCACUCUCAUUACGGACGUUUGAAUACCAAUUGUCUACUCAAAAUGGGUAUCUUUUACGGCUUAUUUGAACCCGGGGAAACAGAACAAAGUCAGAUGGAGAAAUAUCAUGGGUACACGGGGCUUCCCGUUUUCUGAUUUUCGUAAUCAUUUUUGCACAAAGCUUUGUCGUGCACAAAUCUUAGACCAAAAUCUUUUUUACUAUUUCCCGGUUAAUAUAUUCAGUUUAUCUGACAAAAUUCAAAUAGUUAACCGCCGAUCUUGACGCAUCUUGAGCGUUGUUGUCAGUUCGCACUUCAACUGCCCUACCAUUUUGCGGUUCAUCUGCAACGCUUUCACGUGGCGCUAUUUUUAAGAGAAGGGGAGUGGACAUACGCAGUGGUUAUUCGCUAAAGUGUAGAAAUGUAGAAUACUUAGGUCGGGUUGCGCAAACGUUCUGUACAAAUAUUUAACAGACGCGUGUAAAUCGUAAUGGCUCUAGUAUCGCAAUAGUAUUGCAGAAAAUAAUUUGUAAUGAAUCUGUAAAUUAUGUAAAUUAAAAUAUAAUGAUAGCAAUAGUUACCGGAUAAACUAACCAUUUAUAUUUAAUAACCAUGCCCUAAACAAUAAUGAAUGAUCAAACUUUGUGCCAAAAAAAAAAAAAAAUAAUAAUAAUAAAAUAAAAUAAAUUACCUUGUUAGUUUUAAUUUUAUUACUCACUAAAAUGGCUCCACGUAAUAUCUAUACAUUGCAAUUUAACCGAAAAAAAUUACUUACUGCAACUUAUAACACUAAAAUUUAAUCAAAUUACAGAAAACAUAAAAGUAUGUGAGAUAAAAAUCUCGAAUUUAUCUUAUUCUCAGUAAUACAGCCAUAAACGGUGUAGUCAUAAACUCACCUUCACUUAAUGUCUUGAUGUCGAUGUGAAUAACAAAUCCAUAAUUUGUGUUAUUUUAAAUUUAAAAUUGAGCAAUACAAAAAUUCAGAAGAAGAAAAAAAAAACACUAUUAGAAAUUUCGGCAGUAACACUGGUAAAAUGAUAUUAUCGAUCUGCAAAUCUAUCUGCUAGGAGUUACAAAUACGAAUCUGGUUCUGCACUCGCGGGUCUGUAAAUACGAGUAGUCUACAAGUCUUUAAUAUAAUACAAAACGAACAACAGCCAAUCUGGUUUACAUAUCUGUAAAUGAGCUAAUGGUUCUAUAAGUCGUUACAGACCGUUUGUGCGAACCGACCUUAUUCUAUAAAACCACAAGAGAUCGAAUUACAAUUGUUAUUUCGACAAUUAAAAUUACAUUAUUAAAUAAAAACAAUGAGCAGAACAAGACCUGCGCGGAGCGGAAUAAUAGUUUGCGAAUAAUUAUAUUAUCGCCGAGGAAAAAUACUUGUACGUAAAGAUAUGUCAAGUAAUUCGUUUGUGUUUGAUUUUUAUUGUAAUAUGCGAAUAAGGGUUUGUGUUUCGCGUAAAGGGCGAGCGAAAUUCGAAAAAAAAAAAAUCACAAGCCGUACAUAAAGAAAUUACACGAUGAUACGAUUCCAUUCAAAUACAUGUCGAAUGAAUACGUUUUUCGCGCACAUCGACUAUAACAAAACGAGUGGGCAACAGAAAAAAAAAAAAACAGCAAUAUAAUACAGAUAUCGUACAGAUGGUAGAAAAAAAAAACGCCACCAACAGAUGUUCCGUUAAAACGAAAUUUUAUAAACAAAUUUAAAAAAAUAUAAUACCGCGAAAGCGCGAAUGAACGUAUAGAAAUAACAGAAAAAAAAAUAAAACAACACAUGAACGUUGAAUGAAUAAUUAUAUAGUAACCUUCGUGUGACCCGUUCUUUUUUUUCUUUUUUUUUUAUAAUAAUUGUACUAUAAUAAUAAUAAUAUACACACACGUAUAUACACGACGUGUUUAUACGGUACACGAGAAAUAAACUCUAUAAUUUACGUCGAAUUUCUAUACACGAAAAACGCGACAAUUCUAUAAGAAAAAAAGAAAAAAAAAAAUCUACUGCGUGUGGUUUUAAUCCGUUGCGUGGAGUCUUCUGCGAGGAAAUAUUAGUUGCUAAACUAGUAAAUCUUCUUAUGCAUACCCGAACAUUCGGUUAGGUUCUCGCGUGGGCGAACGGAUGUCGAGCGGUUUGGGUGGUGACAUGAAUUAUUGUAAUUUUCGCAGUAAUAAGAUCAUAUAUUGGGCGGUGUGCCUGCCAUUUAAUAAUAAAAUACAAACUCGAAAUCGUGUCACGUUUUACCUAGAUAUCUAUAUUUCUAUUUGUUUUAUUUUUUUUUUAAUCUCUUCUCGAUAAAUUGAGAAAUUAUAGUUGUCCGGACCAUUAUCCGAGAUGAACAAUCGAAUCGUAUAGAAUAUUGUACAGAUGAAUUUUUUUAAAUCGAAAUCUAUCGAUUUGUUCGAAAUAUAAUAGGUAACGCAUUUAAUUUCCACUGCUGUUUAGGCAAUCGAAUAAAAAAACGUUCAACUACGCGAUUUUUUUGACAUCUAGAUGUGUCGCCCCGAUUCGUUUAUGUACUUUUACUACAUUUAGUACUAUUUAGUUUUUAUGAUAGCUUGUAUGAAUAAAAGUAUUUUUUUUUUAUUUUUGCCUAGUUUAUUAAACUGCAGUUAUUCACACCUAAUUUUCAUUUAGAUAAUUACUCUAACAAUUAUUAUCUCUUAUCUUUAUCUAGAUAUUUGAAAAUGUAUCUUUAUACAACACUGAUUAUAACAAUAUCUGUGUGUUAUAUUUUUAUAAACGCACUUAAUGCGCCAUUUUCGGAUAGAUUAUUUAAAAACCAUAGUUUCGUUCUACAUACACGAGAUUUAUAGGUAUCAGAGUUUUUAGAUGCCCACAUGCGAGUAUACGGUAUUACGCGUAUAUAUAUAUAUCUCAUUAUUUUUUUUUCCUGCAGGUUAGAUCAUUGGUCAUUCAUAAUCGCUAUUAUACGUCCAUAUUGUAAGCACCUGUACUAUGCCAUAAUUUAUGCAAAUUUUAAACAUUAAAACGUUAAUGAAUUUCCAAGUUAAUUAAAGAAAAAUAUUGUAUAGGUCAGGAUGUUGAGCUAUUGAACUGUCCCCAAUCGCGGCGCUUAUAACAAAAUAGUAUUUAAAUUUCAUUAACUGUUUGUAACCGCAAUAAAAAUCAAUGGAUUUAAUGACGUUUUUAUCAAAUAGGUUUUCUACCUAUAUGUAGUAUACAACUUAAUAUAUGCGCAAUACUGUUUUGUUUCAUAAUUCGCGCACAGUAUUCACCGAGUGUACGUCAUGUAUAAGAAUUGUUCCGAAAACAAACACGAAACGCAUCGCGGUUCUGUUUUAUAAUAAUUUAUGCGUAAAAAAAAAUCGACUAAACACGGAAAAACGAUAUUUGGAUCUUGAAAUCAAUCACUCAGACGCAAACGAAUGCUACACGUUUGUUAUAUUAAAUAUAGUCCACAUUAUUAUUCAUAUAUAUAUAUAGGAUUUUAGUUUCAAUUAUUUUCGUUAAUAACUGUCAAUAGAUGAAGAUGCAAAUUCAAUUGUCUAUCUAGACGAGAAUAAAUGUGUAGAUCAUUUUUGUUUCGUUACCUAUCGUGAUACGCGCUAAAAGUGCACUAGAUAUUAUAUCGUGUGUGGUACGCGUCUAGAAUUCAAUAAAAGAUUGUACAAUUAAUGAGAGUUGACGACAAAUAAUAAUUUAUUAACCACACUACCGCAGUAUGAAUUAAAAAGAUUUAUCUACGGGUGACUCAACCAUUUAUCUCGGAUAAUUUGUGCCCGUUUAUCUGGCUAAGAUAAAUAUAAUGAAACCUAUCUAGAUAAAAUAAAAAAAGAAGACGGACAUACUUCUGACGACGGGUGCAGUCAUUAUUGUUGGUGAAAAGUUGGGAAGGUAGGAUAUAGAAUGUAAAUUAAUUUUUAUCUGAAAGCAACGACAAACCAUUGCUUGCUAAAACGAUUCUGAGCGGAGUCCAGCUGAUAGUUUUGAUGUUUUGUCAACAAUAUAUAUGUCAUAAUUAAAUAGUCAUUGAAUAUUUUCUUUAAUAAUAUUCGUUUAAUAUUGUACCGAUUUUCCCGGUUUUUCACAUGUGCUGGGAAAACUCUUGGGAAAAUCGAAAAAUGUCUUGCUUAAAGUACCGCCCCGAGAAAAUUUCUUUUCAGAAAAGGGUCUACGUUGCACACAUCGGAGUAUGUUUACUGGCAGAAAAAGUGUUGACGUAAACAUAAAUAAAUAAUAAACAUCUUUGUAAAUUCGCUGCGCUUGGAACCUAAAACCUAACAACCCUGUUGCCUGUGCAGUCCAAUUUCAGGACGGUAAAACUAACGAUUCGAACGGGAUUUCAGGUGGAGAGCGACGAAAUCUACUCGUCCAAAGAGUUCCUGAGCGACAUCUCGCACUGUGCCGCGCACCGCGUGGUCGUGUUCGUCGACCAAAGCUACAGCGGCGUGUUGGCCCAGCACGCCCAGUUCGCCCGCCGCCGCGUGGAGAACGUCAUGAUCGUACCGACCACGAGGAUGGACGACUGGACGCCCAGGCACAGUUUCAACGCGUACAUGCGAGAAUCCAGCCGGACCGCGUGUCUGUCCGAGUACAUCAAGGUGAGUGACGGCGCGGCCCCGUUGGGUGUUCUAUGCCCGUAG